GUCGAGUUCUCAAAUGAAUUCCUUUAUUUGCUUACAGAAGAUAACCAAAAAACAAAUGAUCGCCUUCGUUUUCUAAAGGGCGAGAGGCUGGUCCUGAUACAGUUCAAGCCGAGUUCAUCUCCGUCUUAUCCUCCCGUCAACAUCCUUUAAUUUCUAAUGGCUACGAAUACAGAUAACAUGUUGUCGAGCACCAUUUGUGGCCCGUGGUCUUGGUUUUGUAAAGGUGAUCAAGAUAAUGAAGACAUACUUUUGCCGAUGAUAUUGCUGGCUGUUUCUGUUACUAUACUGGGUACCUGUUUAUUCCAGUGGGGAUUCAAGAAGCAAAGAGAAACUGCUGAUAAGCUGCCACCAGGACCCCGUGGCCUUCCCAUAGUGGGCUACCUCCCUUUUUUAGGCCCCAAUCUUCACCAAUUGUUCAUGGAAUUGGCACUAACUUACGGUCCAAUCUAUAAGCUAUCAAUCGGACGGAAGUUAUGUGUCAUAAUAAGCUCUCCAACACUGGUGAAAGAGGUUGUACGUGACCAAGACAUAACAUUUGCCAAUAGAAAUCCAACUAUUGCAGCAAAAACUUUCUCAUACGGUGGAAAGGAUAUUGCAUUUCAACCAUAUGGUCCCGAGUGGCGCAUGCUGCGUAAACUAUUCGUGCGGGAGAUGCAAAGCAAUGCAAAUCUUGAUGCGUUUUAUUCUCUGAGGAGAAAGAAGGUGAAGGAGAGUGUUAAUGAAACGUACAGAAAAAUUGGCAAACCUGUAAAUAUCGGGGAAUUGGCAUUUUCGACGGUGAUCAAUAUGAUAUCAGGCAUGUUUUGGGGCGGUACUUUAGAAGGGGACACACAGAUUGAUAUUGGCUCCAAGUUUAGAGCGGCAGCCUCGGAACUCAUUGAGAUACUGGGAAAACCAAAUGUUUCAGACUUCUUUCCAGCCCUUGCAAGAUUUGAUAUACAAGGAAUAGAGGGGGAAAUGAAGAAGGCAACACAAAGGAUCGAGAAAAUCUAUGAUUUUGUCAUAGAUGAAUGGAUUGGAAAAGACGGUGCAAGAGCUGAAUCAGGGGCUAAAGAUGAUUAA